AUGGUACCAUCCGACUCGUCUCGUCGAGCUGAUUCCAAAUCUGCCCUCAUAUGCCAAAAUUACAACCGGGACUCAGGUCGCUUUCAGGAUAUCUGCCCUGCCCACCUAUCCCAUGAUACCCCCGAUACGGCCUCCAGAGUCCGUAUUUUUCGCUCAGAAAAGUGGGAGGCACCUUCCCCGGAGCUGCAUUUGCCUCCAAAACAACCAAAUGGAGCAAUAUAUCCUGCCUGGAUAGGGAAUUUCGGGCCGUCUCUCCUUCUCUUUUCUGAGCUGCUCCUGCUCAAAACCAUGCAGAAUUGCCUGUUGAAGAAGGACCCAGAGCCGCCGGACGGGUAUAUUGAUUCUCUCCCAGCCCAAAUUGGCCGUCUUUUUUUCUCUUUUCUUUCCCUCACGCUUGCGUCUUCUGCUGACUACUGCUCGUACGAACGUACUGCUAGUGCUCACGCUGAUUCUCUUGCUGCUCCUGCUGCUCUCUUGCUUGCCUCGGCUCGAUCUUCUCUUCUCUUCUCCAACUCCCUCCUAUCUCCGGCGGUCGCCCGACCACCCCCUAACCUCCGACCUUUCCUUACUGUCUUCUGUUUUUUUUGUUCACCAUGCUGUUCGUGUUGUCUGUUGCUGGUCUUCUUGCUGUUUUUCUCUACUACAAAGGUACGUCCCGUUUCUUCUGACCGUGUCCGCUGCUGGCCCCGCUGCUUGCCCUCCCGUUGUCGUCGUCAUCGUCGUCGUCUGUUCUUCCGUGUUCGCUCCCCUGUUGUAGAGCCGGUUGCUGUAGAGCUUCCAGCUACUCCCUCCCCCGUGUGUUCUGUUGCUUCGUCCCCGUUUAUUUUGUCCCCUGUGUCUUCUGCUGUUUCGUCCCCUUUCCUUUUGUCCCCUGUGUCUUCUGCUUCUUCUUCCCCUUUCCUUUUGUCCCCUGUUUCUUCUGCUUCUUCUUCCCCUUUUCUUUUGUCUCCUGUUGAUAGUGUUGUUUCUUCCCCCUUUGUUUUGUCCCCUGUUGAGUCUGUUGCUUCUUCCCCCUUUAUUGUAUCCCCUGUUGAGUCUGGCGUUUCUUCCCCUUUCCUUUCUUCCCCCUUGUCUGAGCGUUCUGUUUCUUCCCCUGUUCCCCCUGUUGAGUUGAGCGUUCGUCUUGCUGCGUUGCGUGCCCGCGUUCUUGCUCUUUCUUCUGGUCCAGCAGCGGACCAUACCCCCCUUUCUGCCCCUGCCCCCUCCCGCCGUGUUGCACGUAUCCGCCAAGGGGUUCCCUUGGUGGUGCGUCCAACACGGAUUCCCACUCCCGUUCCCUCCCGCGUCUUCUCUGCCCUCCCGCUAGUGCUUGAAAGAGACGCACGCCCCUUCGCUGAGACUCUAGGUCCCGUCGCCGCAACACCCAUGGACAUCCGGAACAUCCUUCGCGCCCAAAGACUGGUCGCCAACGUCGCUGCUGAGGCACGCAGCUCCAACUCUUUACCAAGAAAGAGUGCUUUGCGAACCACCACCAGCGUGGAAAACACCAAGCGAGUCAGUUUUCACGAAGCUGUCACCGUUGUGAAUGUCGAGAAGUGGGUGGUGCCUGGUGUGCACUCAGCUCUCAACUAG